AUGGCUGUUAAACGAGCUCAAGCUACAUUGGAGGAAGCUGAAAGACAGCGGAUGCUUGCAAGGGAAAGAAGCGCUACCAGAAGAGCUGUCUUUACACCCGAACAACCUGAACGAGAGCGUAAACUUGCACGAGAAAGAAGUGCAACUAGAAGAGCUGCUUUAACAUCAGAACAGAAAGUUUUCGAAGCACUUCAAUGGCUUAGACAGAAUAAUGCUCUAUAUCGUAAUGUUACAAUUAAUCAAUCAAUAAUCAGCAAAUUACCUGACGAUGAUGUACCGGAGUGUUUGUGGGCAACUAUGGAAAUUUCUACUAAUGUAGAAGCAGCUGAAAAUGAAAGAGCAAGUUACAUUCCUGAUCCGUUGACCAAUGCAUCUGAAUUUAACAAUAGAACAGCUAUACCUAUAAUCUCAAGUGCUGUGUUAGAUGUCAAUGGUACCAAAGUGUCGUCUGAUGAAGUUGCUAAACAUCUUUUAGAACGAAUCAAAGCACAAGUGCCAGAAAAAACACACGGAAAAGACACCGACCAAAACUCUAAACAAGACACUGUAUACAUAAUUCCUCGUGGCAACAAACCGGCCAAUGAAUAUUCUAAUCCAAAUCUUUUAUUAGGAAUCUUUCCCACCUUAUUCCCAUAUGGAUGUGGUGGGCUUGAGGAUGGUUCUCGACCAAUUCAAAUCAAUUUUCGUGAGCAUCUCAGAUAUCUUCUUUCGUACACAGAUCGCCGCUUUGAAGAACACUACUCAUUUAUAUUCCUUGUCUUCAAUAUUUUACAACGCCGAACAGCAUGUUUCCACGCCCAAUUAAUGACAACAAGAUCAUGGUUUCAACAAUCUGCACAAGUUCGUAACUCAUUGAGUUCUGAAGAUGCAGCAACAGCCCUUAUUAAUAUCUCAAAAGCGCCUUAUUCAAAAGUUACUGACGAGAGAAUAAAUACGUUGAUGAAGCACAUCAAAAUUAUUGGUGGUCACGUCAUGGGUUCAGCUCAUUCCCGAUCAGCUCUUCAUGAAACCAACGACGGAACAAGUACGACAAGCGAUGAUAGAACAUUAAUUGGACAAAUUGAAUCGACAGCAAGUGAAGUUAUACCACCAUGUCUCCCGACACCAAAUCCUGCAUUGGAAGGCUUCGAUCAAACGUUUCGCAAAGAUGCAGUUCAAUUGGCUAUCGAUAAAUCGGAUCGUCAUUUACUAAAAACUGUAACCGAUCCUCAGGGCCAACAAUUACCUACAGAAGGAACGAAAAUGAAUGAACGUCAUACAUUUGACAGCGUACAUCCACAAUCAACAUCUCAUCUCAUAAUUAAACGUUCCAUUCCAGUAGUACCAGUUCUGACAGGUCCUCAAAUACCUCGCCGCGAACGAGAAGAAACACAUGAACGUUAUUGUCGCGCGUUGUUAACAUUAUUCAUGCCAUGGCGAUCAGUCCAGAACCUUUGUGCAACGAAUGAGACAUGGUCUGAAGCAUUGGAAGCUCGAAGGCUGUUGAUCUCUCCCAACUCGCUUAAGAUUAUAGAAAAUAUAGAACUUUUGCACGAAUGCAAACACGAUCGGGAUGAACAUCUUCAUCAAGUUCUUUUAGAAGCCCAAAACGACAACAGCAUUGACCCUAUUUUGAUGCCUAAUUACUAUGAAGGCGACGAAAAUGCAGAAGAAGACGAUCCUGAACAACUUUUGAAAAUGCUCUCCAUCGUAAAUGAGAUCACGACAAACACUUACUCUGCAUUGGCAGCUACUCAAGAACAACGCUAUGUUCAUGAUGCAUUACAAGCAAUUGAUAAUACAGAUAGAUUUGCAUUACUAAAUGACAGCAGACACAUUUGGCACCAAAAUAAUUAUGGCACCAUACACGACGUCCACACAUUUGUCGUAGCUCGCAAGCAUCAUACGACCAUGAUUAAAGAGUGGAAACGUGAUAUUGAAGCCCGACGAGACGAAACAAGGAACUAUUUAAUUUCAGGUGAAGAUACUCUGGAAGUACGAGAUGAUGAAACACAGAUUGAAGUCGUAGGUGCUGAAAUUCCAACAAGCCCAAUUAAAACGAAAGCUACGAGAGUCCUACCUGUAACUGCAACCAAUUUGGUUUUAUUUUCCACAAAACAGAAUAUUGUCAAACAAUUUACACUAAAUACUCAGCAAAAAUAUGCUUUCAUGAUUAUAACUAGUCACUUAGAUGGCGAAAAUCAUGCUCAUACCGGUAUAUUUUCUUGA